AUGCCCACAGAGGACCGCCGUCCGUCGCUCCUUCUGCCGUCGUCCCCGGUCGCUACCGCAGGCGCCAAUGAGCGCAGUCGCCACUCGCGCAAAGUCACGCGGGACAUAGCGGCGCUCGACUUUUUGCAGACGAUUCCUAUGCGGUCCGAGAGCGCCGUCGCACCGCCGCUGUCGACGUCGGAACUUCGCCUCAAUGACGUAACGUCGCACGACGCAGUGACCACAGCCAAAGGGCCUCUGACGCCAGGAACGGGCAGUGGAGACGCCAAAGUGGAGCCGCUGGCCGGCCGGAGACUCCCGGGGAUGGCCGCCACGGUCGUGCACGUGCCGCCUCUGUUCCGCUACCGCUUCACAACCAAAUUUCCUGCAGCUUCGGCCGUCGUGCGGCGGUGGGAGGGCGUGACCACGCAGCAGGGACUGUUGGACGCGAGGCUCUUUUUCUCGAGAGGCUGCGGGUAUCCGCUGGCCACGUCGACGAUCAUUAACUACAAUGGCAAGAACGACACGACGGCGAGGAGGAACCGCCUAGCGUCGAUGAGCGGCUUGGCGCUGGAGCGACCUGCUCCAACCCAUUACGACUGGCGCGGCACGUCGUACUUCCGUCUGCUGCACGCCACUUAUUCCGCCUGUGACCCCGAUCGAGACCAAGAAGACGCGCAUCCAGAGCGGGUGCCGUACUCGGCCAACUUUCUCGAUGAUCCAGAGUUCCGACAGGGGCGGCAUCGGCAUGUCGUGCGGGGGGACAAGAGCCUCGGACCCAUUGUGUCCAGCAUUCUGCUGUUUGUCAAGCCACACGAGCUCAAGGACGAGCUGAAUCAAAAGUUCCAAGAAAAACACGCCUACUGGCUGCAAGAUCCGUCGCUCUCGUUGAGCAAACUGAGGCAUCUCAAGCGGGAGGCGAUCAUGUGCAGUCAACGACUAAAUCUUGAAGUCGCCACAGUCGCUCUAGCCUGUGUGCUAUUCGAAAAACUAGUGCUGCAACACUAUGUCGCCAAGGUGAACCGCAAGCUCUACAUGGCAGUGUGUUUCCUGCUGGCUGUCAAGUUCAACGAGCCUUGUGCGUCCGACGAGCGCAAACGAGUCAUCCGUUUACUUCUGAAGGAUAUUGACCGAGUGCAUGCAUUGCCAUCACGAGACGUUCUCACCGCCGAGUUCACGGUGUACGCUCAGCUUUCGUUUGACCUGCACGUUCCCAUUGCUGAAGUUCAUCCCCAUUACGUUCGAUUGCUAAAGCUGAUUGAGAGUAAUCCGCGAAAGUACUUAGAUGACGAUGUCUUCACAUCGUACUCGGCGCUGUUGGCGAUGGAGAAGCAGGCCGAAAACCUCGGCAUGGUGCUGUCAGAUCCUCUCGACGGGUUUGAUGAGACAACGGAUAACGAGGCACAGCUAAGUGAUGAAGAAGAGGAGCGUGACUCUGAAAGUGGAAAAGACAGCGAGCUGCGGGGAAGAAAGCGGAAGAACUCGAACGGGGGUGGCAAAGGCACUUCCAACGAUCCGUCACUGUUUCUCUGGCAAAAUGUGUCUCUUGCGCAAUGGUGGCGAAAGCGUUGCAACUCGCAAGAGCGACACGAGAAGCCAUCGACUGCACCUUUGGCGAAAUGA